ACUGGGGGGUUCCCAUUCCCCUGCAGCGGGGGCACAGCCUGGCCUGGGCUCUCUGCAGCGCCCAUGGCCCCGCUUGCAGCAGCAGGACAUUGGCGGCCACGGCCCCCCUGCAUCCCGGGGGCAGGGCAGGGACGACUGUCAUGCAGCUUCAAGGUUGCACAUUGGGUUUCGCUGGGGCUGAUCCUGCUUCAGACGGGACGUGACCCCGCAGCUCCCCGGCAGCCCUGCCAUCUCCAUGCUACGUGAACCAGGCCUUUGCAAUGCAUUGUGGGAGAAUCCCAGGCAGUGGCUGCAUCCACCCCUCCCUGCUGGCUGCUCCCAGGGCUCCUCUAACCUGGUGCCCAGGCUGCCAUGGUCAGGGGUAACCCCCCCAGCAGCUCUGCGUGAUGUCAUGCUGCCACUGAGCUGAUUGGCUGGAGCCAGGACGUGGUUUGUGAUGUCACACGGGUCGGUGGGUCGGCAGUUGGUGCUGUGCGCCCAGGGAAGAUGGGGCUGGUUGCCCUCCUGCUGCUGCUGGUGCUGGUGCUGGCCGGCCUGGGGCUGGGGGACGAUUACCCCUGCGGGGCGGACUGUGGGAUGAGGCCCCUGGCAGCGAGCUACGGCAACACACGGGUCGUGGGCGGCCACGACUCCAUGCCGGGGGCCUGGCCCUGGAUCGUCAGCAUCCAGGCCCUCUCCACGACCGGCUACGUGCACUUCUGCGGCGGGUCCCUCAUCCACCCCAGCUGGGUGGUCACCGCCGCCCACUGCUUCAAGUCCAAGUCGUUGUUCGGGCGGCGUGCGGUGAUCGGCGCCACGCAGCUCUCCAGGCUGGGCCCCCAGGUCCAGGUGCGCAACUACCGGCAGGUGGUGCCACAUGAGAACUACCGGCGCCAGGGGCAGCUCAAUGACAUCGCCCUGCUGGAGCUGGACCAGCCCGUCCAGUGCAGCGAGUACAACCAGCUGGCCUGCGUGCCUGACCGCACCGUGGCCCUCACCAAGCUCACCAACUGCUGGGUCAGCGGCUGGGGCUACAUGAAGGAGAAAUCCGGGGUCACGGCCGACAUCCUGCAGGAAGCCCAGGUCCACUACAUCGACUAUGUCACGUGCAACAGCAGCACCUGGUACCAGGGGAACAUCCACAGCAACAACAUAUGUGCCGGCCACAAGAAGGGCGGCAUCGACAGCUGCCAGGGCGACAGUGGCGGCCCCCUCCAGUGCCGGGAGGAAACGUCUGACCGCUUCUGGCUCAUGGGGAUCACCAGCUGGGGGAUGGGCUGUGCCAGGGCCCAGCGGCCCGGGAUCUACACCCUUGCGCGCAACUACUUCGACUGGAUCGUGGCCAACAUGAAGCCGGCGCCGCGGACAGAGACAAGCCCAGCCCCAGUCUCAGUGUCAGUCCCAGUUCAAAUGGCCAUGCCCACCUCGCAGUCGCCCUACAUGCAGCAGCUGCCGCCAAUGCCGCUGCCACCGGUAAAUCAGAAGCCAAAACCAGGCACCUGUCCGUCAGGCCAGAGCACCAACGACGAUUUCUUCAAACGACUGAACAACUUCCUGAAGGCUGUGAAGGAAGACAAGCAUUGACCAGGGCGGAGAGCAGGGCACCGGGCUGGCUGGGGGCUGUUUCUGGGCGCUGGCCACCGCCCCAGGGGACUCUGGCACCCAGCCCUUCUCCUCUUGGUGCCCCUGCUGCUGGCAGGGGAAGAGUAAAAGAGUAUUUCUUGCGGUUGGCUUUGCCUCUGUCCUCCCCAGAACCACAUGGGAGCCACGAGGCACUGAGGGGACCCCGCACGCACAGAGCCCACCAGGCUGGAGGGUGGGGGGCGG